AUGUUGUUGGCGUUCACCUAUGGCGUAAUUUUUGGAAUUUUGCUAAUUUUAUUAAUUUUUUAUAUUUUCCUUUCAAAUCCAUUCGAGAAGAGCGCGAAUAAGCGAACAUUCGUCGAGCAGUUUCCACCGCUGCGAUUACCGCCCGAAUUAAAGAAAUUUCUUGGAUCGUGUGAGGAUGAUUCUCAUUCGAAAUGGGAAACUUGCUUUUGUUUAAGCCUUCUUUUUCAUUUUCUUUUCCAGGAGCAUAAGGACACCAGAUUUUUCAGAAGAUGGCUUUAUGAAAGACUGCAACUCGAAUUAAGUGACUUGACCACGCGUUCUGCUGCCGGUAGAUUAAUUCAAGAUGUGCGAAUCAGAGAUUUGUCUGUUGGAUCACAUUUUCCUGUCAUUAAAAAAAUUCGGAUUGAAAAUUAUGAAAUGUUUGAAGAAGAUGGAUUUAAUGUAAUUUUUCUCUACGUUGAUUACACCGGUGGAUUUCAAACUUCCAUCGAUUUGGCGAUGGUAUUACGUCGUUUUGCUCAGAUGUCAAUUAAGGUCACUCGCCUAUCUGGAAAAGUACGUCUUACUAUGACGCGAAAACCAUUCACUCACUGGACAAUUUCAUUUGUCGAAAUGCCUAUUUUAGAUAUGAAGAUUGAAACACACUGGCAAGGCAAGCAGUUAAAGCAUGUGAUACCAUUUAUUACUCAACAGUUCCGUCGAAUUAUUCAACGAAAACACAUAUGGCCAAGUUAUAAAAUACGUUAUCGGCCAUUCUUUACCAAUCCUAUUUUAAUUCCUUCCCAUCCAACUGAUUCUUAUAAUCAUAUUAAAAUUAUGGGAGUGUUGGAAGUAACCAUUCUUCAAUGUACGAGAUUAAAUACUUCGUUGUCUCCAAGUGAAAAUGCUCAAGUUCAUUGCACCGUUUCCUUAGGUCAUCAACCAUUACAUUAUUCUUCAUGGAAUUCGCUUUUCAGUAACUUGAAUAUACUUCAAGGUGAUAUUGUGCUUGCGAUUAAUAACGUUCCCAUUCGAAAUGAACGUCAACUUGGAAAACUUCUUUGUGGGACAUUAGGUGAUUUGAAUGUGCUUGUUCAACGAACAGAUAUCAAUAAUGAAGGUAACAAUUCGAAAGACAGAUAUUUAAAUAUAAGUAUUUUUGCUGAAUUUGAUAUCGAAUCUGGUCAUACUGAUUCAAGAAAUGAUAAAAAAAUAAAAUUAUUAGUUGGUCUUGAAAAUAUUCAUCUAUUAUUUUUUAUAUCAAUUCAGACGAGUAUUUACGUGCCGCAAAUAUUAGAUGAUUGCCGAUUAACGUUGUCGAAUUGCCAUCGGGAAAUUUAUUCACUAAAACCUCCAGAAAAUCCUACUAGCAAGCCAAUUUCUCCAUUGAUAGAGGAAGCUAGUCGACAUGCUGGCUUUGAUUCUCGUAUAUGUUACGGUGAUAUACUGAUUGGUUUCAGAUAUUUUCCCAGCGGUUUACCAAAAGAAACGGAAAUAUUAUUAUUAAUUAAUAUUAAUGAAAAAUUCAUUUUUCUUUCUCAUUUUUCUUUUUUGUCGAGAACGAUUUUCUUUUUUUCAGAAGCGACUAUAUGUGGAGUGUGCAACGGCAAAAUAUGGUUUAAAAAUGCAUCGCGAUGUUCUCGCUGCUUGUUGGUUUGCCAUAACAAAUGUACUGUAAAAAAUUUCAAGUUAUUGAUAUGUGAUCCUUGCGAUCAUUUUGAGGAUGAUACUUUUGAAGUUAUUAUCUUUCACUUCUUAAUCUGUCUUACAGACGGCUUUUCUGAAUUUUCUGGAGAUUCUUCAUUUCUGGAUAUAUUUUUAUUAAGAAGAAUUGCAAAUAAGGUAACAGAAAAAUGGAAUAAUACUUGGAAUAAAAUGGCUCGUCGAAAAAUUUCAGACUCACAUAAAAUGGAAUUAUCUGAAGUGGAAAUAAAAAGUUCAGUUAAUGCUGAUUUUUAUAUUUGCUCCAUUUUAUUGAAGAAUGUGAUUCCUGAUGUCUUGGUUGAUUUGGAUGUGCCCUCAUGUCUUUCUAACAUGAUGUUCCAACCUGGCGAUGCGUAUGAUGAAAAUUUGAUCCAGGAAGCCAAAAAUAUUGGGAAAAGUCUUUUCUUGGAUUUAAACUGGCCUGAGAGGAAGAUAAAAAUCAAUUCACAGAUAGAUAGGAUUCAAAAAAUAAUUGAUAAAACAACAGCCGAACGCCUUAAAUUAAUAACUAAUUUAAAAAGCCCUCCUCAGAAGCGAGAUGAAUUUAAUAUUAUCGAUGAUCGACUCCAGGCGCUCGCUAUGUUAAUGCUUCAUUAUUGCGCUGCUUUACAGGUUGCCAAUCAUAAUUUAUGA